CUAACACUUCAACUCGCUGAUGUCUACAGUCUGUAUAGUUUAUUAUUUAAACAGUAAAUAUGAACAUUUAGUCAUUAUUUGCUUACUUUUUAGGUAUGAUCUCUUUGUUUUAAUGUUGCAUUUAUAAAGUCAUUUUGUGGGUUUUAUGUCCCACCCUGUUUUUCCGACACAAAACGGCAGCAGCUUCUCAGCGGCCCAUUGGACAUGCACACGGAUUUGUUUCCCAACGGCCUCAGCAACUUUGACUUGCCGAGUCUGAAUCUCACUCAGAAUGAAGACCUUCCUCUGGACCUCCAUUGUCUGGAUGAUCUGCCGAUAUUCUCCCCUCCGACCGACUCCUUAACCGAAUACACCGUUAAUAACUUAAUUAAUACUGACAUGCCUCCCAACGUGCCCACGAUAUGGGACAUCAAAACACCAGCAUCAGUCCAAGAGUUGAAUUCUAACAGGUUUCAAGGUUUAAACUCGUUAGAUGACAUCAGUGCUAUCAUUAAUACACCACCCAUAGGAGGUUAUCAGAGACCCCAAACACAGCCAGAAGAGGAAGAGGAAGUCGAGGUGGAGGAAGCAGAAGAGCUGGGUCAUGUUGACACCUAUGCAGACUACAGGCCCUCUAAAUCCAAGAUAGGAAUAUCUCAUCCAGACCGAGUGGUGGAGACCAACACUUUGUCCAGCGUACCUCCUCCAGAUAUCACCUACACCCUGUCCAUCCCAGAGACCACCAUAAACAGCGGCCAGCUCUCUGCCUUGCAGCUGGAGGCCAUUAUCUACGCCUGCCAGCAACAUGAAGUGAUUCUGCAGAAGAACCAGCGGGCUGGCUUCCUCAUAGGGGACGGCGCCGGAGUGGGCAAAGGCCGCACAGUGGCUGGCAUCAUUCUAGAAAACUACUUAAAGGGAAGGAAGAAAGCACUAUGGUUCAGCGUCUCCAAUGACCUGAAAUAUGAUGCAGAGAGAGAUCUCCAAGACAUCGGUGCAUCCAAUAUACAAGUGCAUGCCUUGAAUAAGAUAAAAUACGGAGACACAGCUACCUCAGAAGGGGUCCUGUUUGCGACCUACUCGGCACUAAUCGGGGAGAGUCAGGCGGGCGGCCAACUCCGAACGCGCCUGAAGCAGAUCUUAGACUGGUGUGAGCCGGGUUUUGAUGGAGUUAUUAUAUUUGACGAAUGCCACAAAGCCAAAAAUGCAACAUCCACAAAGAUGGGCAAGGCCGUGCUGGAUCUGCAGAACAAGUUGCCAUCAGCCAGAGUGGUAUACGCCAGUGCCACAGGUGCCUCGGAGCCAAAGAACAUGAUCUACAUGAGCCGCCUGGGGAUCUGGGGAGAGGGAACGCCCUUCAGAACCUUUGAAGACUUCCUCCACACCAUUGAGAAGAGGGGCGUGGGGGCCAUGGAGAUCGUCGCAAUGGAUAUGAAGGUCAGCGGGAUGUACAUCGCACGCCAGCUCAGCUUCUCAGGAGUCUCAUUCCGCGUAGAAGAGAUCAGCUUGGAUGAUGAUUUCAAACUUGUGUACAACAAAGCUGCUAAACUUUGGGCGGAAGCUUUGGCCGAGUUCAUGCAGGCCGCUGACGAGCUCUGCAUGAGUUCCAGGAAGUCCCUGUGGGGUCAGUUUUGGUCAUCCCACCAGCGGUUUUUUAAAUACCUCUGCAUCGCCGCCAAGGUUCGCUGCCUGGUGGAACUGGCCAAAAAGGAGCUGGAAGCAGGGAAGUGUGUCGUGAUAGGGCUACAGUCAACAGGUGAGGCUCGAACCAGAGAAGUCCUUGACGAAAACGACGGACACUUAGACAGAUUUGUCUCUGCUGCCGAGGGUGUGUUUCAGUCGCUGGUCCUCAAACACUUUCCGUCAGAGAAGCAGAGGAGAGAAAAAGGAGCGGGGAACAAAAGGAAACGUAAGCCACGGGGACGGCAGCCAAAGCUACCCCGACAUGGCACUGAUGUAGCGGGAGUGAUCAACAUCAGCGAUGACAGUAGCGCAGAGUCUGACGUCUUGGAUAGCGACUCCAACUCCUCGCCAGACUCAGUCCAAGACAACAACGACGAUGUCAUCUUCGUCGAUCAAACCAGCUACCAAAUGGCAUGGUUAGAGGAGAAGAAACAAGGGCUUCUCAACAAGAUCGCUGAGCUGGGAAAAGAACUACCUCUUAACACACUGGAUGAGCUCAUUGAUAAAUUUGGAGGUCCAGAACACGUAUCAGAGAUGACGGGACGCAAAGGCCGAGUGGUGCGUCGACCUGACGGCAGCGUCCGUUACGAAUCCCGCGCUGAGCAGGCCCACACUAUCGACCAAAUCAACGUCAAAGAGAAAGAUCGCUUCAUGAAUGGAGAGAAGUUGGUAGCCAUCAUAUCAGAAGCGGCCAGUUCUGGGAUCUCACUUCAGGCUGACAGAAGGGUGAAGAAUCAGCGUCGGAGGGUUCACAUGACCCUGGAGCUGCCUUGGAGUGCAGACAGGGCCAUCCAGCAGUUUGGUCGUACUCAUCGUUCCAAUCAGGUCACAGCACCGGAGUACAUCUUCCUGAUCUCCGAACUGGCAGGCGAGCGACGAUUUGCAUCCAUCGUGGCAAAGAGGCUGGAGAGUUUGGGAGCUCUGACUCAUGGUGACAGGAGGGCCACAGAGUCUAGAGACCUUAGCAAAUACAACUUUGAAAAUAAAUAUGGCACUAAAGCUCUAGAUAAGAUUACUAAAGCCAUCCUUGGUCAGAUUGAAAGCAAGGUACCCCCUCCACAGGACUAUCCUGGUGGUGAUGCCAUGUUCUUCAGAGACAUGAAGCACGGUAUGAUGGACGUAGGCAUGCAAUGCAGUCAAUCACGCUUGGGCAUCAACACUGAAAAAGACUGCAAUAUCACCAAGUUCCUCAAUCGGAUACUGGGCCUAGAGGUGCACAAACAGAACUCCCUCUUCCAGUACUUUACAGACAAUUUCGACUACUUGAUCGAAAAGGACAAGAAAGAGGGCAAGUAUGAUAUGGGAAUACUGGAUCUGGCACCAGGCAAUGAUCAGAUUUAUGAAGAAACACAGGAGAAGUUUCUAACAGCGGGAAAUCCUCAAGAUGGUCAAGUUACCCUGUACAAGAUAAGUGUAGAUAGAGGUAUGCCAUGGUUGGAGGCUCUCCAGAAGGCCCAAACUCUCAGCAACCCGGAUGAAGGCUUCUAUUUAUCCUAUAAAUUGAGAGGUAACUAUCCAUGCGUGCUGCUAGCCGUGCAAGGCCAGGAGCGCAACAUGAUCAUCUACAAACCAAACAUCGGCAAGCAGGCCCAAACGGAAAGCCUUGAGAAUCUCCAACAAAAAUACCGCAAGGUCACUCCGGAGGAGGCACAGGAUAGCUGGGAAAACCAGUUCACUUUCUCCUUCAGGAAAUGUAGCCAUGCUAACUGGAACGGGAGGUGCAAAAAGGUAGAGGAGGGUCAGGAGUGCUUAAUGGGCACUCGACUGCGUCAGUAUCACAUGUUGUGUGGUGCUCUGCUCCGCGUUUGGAAGCGCGUGUCCGAUGUGGUCGCUGACGUCACCAGCUCCAGCAUUCUCCAAAUUGUCCGCCUCAAGACCAAGGACAGCAGCAAACAAGUUGGUAUUAAGAUCCCAGAGAACUGCAUGUCAAAGGUGCGUCAGGAGUUGUUGAGGAUGGAUGCAGAGGUAAAGCAGCGACGUCGAGAGAAGGAGCAGCAAGCUCAGGAGCAGCGUCAGGUCGAGGAGCAACAGAGGCUGAUGGCACAGCGUCAGCUUCAAGAAUUUUUCACCCCGAAUUUGUUCACCACUUUGCCACCUCCCAACCUGGCCAGCUUACCCACCCCAAACGUAUCCUUCCCCUCAUUCCCUUCCAUUGAAACCCCUUUGGAAGAAAUCCUGGACUUGACGGUUCCCAAUUCCUCAUCCUCCUCCCAAGUUAGCACUCAAGCUGACCUGGGUGUGGACAACCUCUCCAGGCAACCCGACCCUACGGUGGAUGACUUCAACCUUGAAGAGUUUAUUCAAGUGCAGCCGCAGCAGGAGAGCCAGGUCAUACAGGAAAGCAAUUCAGCACGAGACAAAGACCUGUUAGACAUGUUAUUGUCCUUGAACUCAUUUAUAACACCCCUUAGUCAGACUGUCCCUGCCUCUUCCUCCUCAGAUGCACCUUCGUCGGUACCCAUGGUCUUUUCAAAUUCCUUCUCUUCUUCCUUGUCCAAUUACCAAUCUUCCUCGUCGCUCGUCUCUCUCCCCCCUACGGACCAGCAGAUGCUCCCGUUACCCAACAGCCACUGCAGCUCUGAAGCCAACAUAAACGUACGAGAGGUGUUGAACAGCAUGCUGCGAGGUGGAACAGAACCACGCCAGUCCAUCAUUAAGUACCAACAACCCGAGUGAGAUCCUUCCAGUUGGACUCUCCUGUAAACGCGCACACACUCAGGGCUGUAGUCUGACCACUGCCGGCAUCCUUCUCCGCCAUUGGUCUCGGUUCCACAAGCAUGAGAUUCUGCUUCACAAGAUGGGAGGAAGUUUGGUGUUCGCUCUGUUCUCGAGUUGAGUAUGAUCCCUACACAUUUUGUCUCUGGAACUUCAGGAUAGUUACUGAGGUGGUCAUCCCUGUUUCAGCAUCCUGAAUUUUAGACACUGGGGCUUCGAAGAGUAUUGAUUUACCUGAAAUAGUUCAAGCGCAAAUCUUGGGUUUGGUUUCGGUUAUAUCAUACCACAUGGUACAGUAUAUUUUGCUCAAGAUGGCAGGAGUGAAAAGACACUUGAGGUACCAUUUUGGUUCCUCAUUGGAGGAACCCUCUGGGGAAGCUCCAGGCACCUUUGAAGGUGCCUCAGAUGUUCUUUUGAGUCCUGAGAGAUCUUCAGUAUAUAUUUGAAAUGCCUCAAAGACUUGCUUUCAUUAAGGGGUCACUAAAGCUGUAAGUUCCUUAUAGAACAUUACUGACUCUCUCCAUUUGAAAGUGUGCCUAGAGGUUCUCCAAAGGGUUCUACCAAAGUGCCGACCAAAAGGAACCCCAAAUGGUACCUCAUUUUUCUGUAGUAUCAUUUUUUUGUGGCCACAGAUUCCAAGUGGGCCUAGCUGAAGUUAUACGAGCCUCACAUAUGCAAGAUGUACCGCAAGGAACCUAAGCUUUGUUUUGCAUCGAACAAUCAUCAGCUUUACAUUUCCAUGAUGAACUUCUGUUAAACAAAACACUUUUCCUGAGGAGCAAGAGAACAUGUGCCUUUGGAACAGACAGUGGAAUGUAGACGUAAACACAUACUCCUGUACCGUUCAUGUGCCGAUGUUUGUAACGUAUUUAUUGCCUUUAUUUAUCAGGCCUUGAAACAGUGUACCAGUAGGAGAGCGUAACUACCUACAAAUCACUUACCUGUGCAGCUGUCUCUCUGUUGUUCUAAAAUAGAACAGUCUGUCCUGCUGUCCCCGGUCUCGCAAUGUAACAAGACAGAACGGUAACGAUGUAUUAGCUGAUUGAUUUAUUGAUCCCAAAAGGACUUUCGUCGCACUUCGGCCCUGUCUUAGUACAAUAUUUUCAUUGUGACCUAGAAACUAAAAAGUCCUUUCUCCCUCACAAUCCAGUGUGGAUAAAAAAAAAAAAAGAUCAGAUUUCUUCGUUUGAUGCAAUGUGAAAUGCAUCCCUGGUACAGUCAAGAAGGGGCAAUGAAACUUUUAUCGAGUUGAAUUUUAGCCCUUAUUUAAUAGAUUCAUUGUCAGAUGUUUUAAAUAUUUGUAUAACAAUUACUUGAUUAUUCGUAUUUAAUUUUAAAGGGACAUGUUUUAGAUAAUUUUUGAUGUUUUGUUUUAUUGAUACUAUGAUAUUUUGCAAACAAAACGACAAACAAUUCAAAGCGAAAUUAAAUUUUGUUAGACAUUGCUCUGCUGCACUGGGUGGUUGAAUACUUUGUUCCUUUUUUUCUGUUUAUCUUUAUUCUUUAUGCAAUUGAUACAUUCUUAUAUAUUUUCACAGCAAUAGCCAGAUAUUAAUAUUGAACUGAAACCCAAAUAUUCACUUCAACAGUUCAUGGCAUCUCAGGAUGACAUUUAUGUCCAAUUAGUUAAAGAUUUUUAUUUAAAUUUGAUCAAAUGUAUCCAAAUGUUUAAUGUCUGCCUAAAGAUAAGGUUUGUCUUGUAUGUAAAAUCCUGUCAUUGACGCAUAUGAAAAUAUUUAUUUAGCCAUUAUUGCAUAUUUACUGCACAGUUUAUUUUAUUCUUUUCAUUAAGGGAAAUUCUUUCAGCCACAUUUGCACAAUUUUUUUUGUGAAAUUACAUGUAGUUUCUUUCUCCUGCAUAUAGUUGUUACAUCCUCGUACAAGAAUUUGAAUUGUUCCAUAAUAGUUCAGUGCAUCACAUAGUUUUUACUUUACAAGUGAUCCACAGUGUAUUUAGUUUUCUCAGUGCCUCCCCAAAAAGAUGAACAUGUGACUUAAGUUUCUGUUAUGCAUUCUAAUAAUUGUCUUAUACAACGAAAGCACUAUACGAUGAGGCCAUGAAACUGGGACAAGUUGAGUCAAAUGAACCUGUUACUAAAUAGAAAUGCAUUUGACUUGCUCUGUGUAUGAUUUCCACUAAAACAGCAUAAAUGAAUUUCUGUCUGGUUUGUGAUCCAGUGCUGCCAUGUUUGUUUGCUCAUAGCCCUUCGUGGGAAUGUUCAAUACUGUAAACGUCUCGAUUCAUUGGCUUCGCUUUUAUAUCAAUAUGGCAUUUACGUAAUUUAUUGCUAUGAAAAAAACAUGCUACUGACUAUAUGUAUCUUGAACCGUUUUAUUCCUGUGUUCUUAUGCUUUUGUCAUUUUCUAUAGGCCUAUUUAUAAUUUAGAUCCAAUUGUAUAUAUUGUAAAAAACAAAACAAAAAAAAAAACAAAUUGUGCCUUUCGACUGUUUCUUAAAGAAAUUGUUUUCUACGUGUAUCUAAAGAAUGGAACAUAUUAGAAACUUUGUUAUUAACAAAGCAAAAAAUAAAUAAAAUGUUCAGAUUA